UUUUUUUUUCACUUGACAGAAAUCUGCUGAGCGGAAGUCAUCGCUCAGUCCAAUUCAACUGUCGUUUUCACAGUUUACGAGUGAAUUUACGAAGGUGACUCGUUCAGGAAUUCGCCGCGACUCGACUGAAACCCGCCCGGACCCUCCGAGAUGGCGCAGGAAAAUAUUUUCCUCUUCGUUCCCAAUUUGAUCGGUUACGCCCGCGUGGUGUUGGCCUUACUGUCCUUCUACCUGAUGCCCUGCUGUCCAUGGCCGGCGGUCUUCUGUUACCUGCUCAGCGCUCUGCUCGAUGCCUUUGACGGCCACGCUGCACGGGCACUCAAUCAGUCCACUAAGUUUGGAGCCAUGUUGGACAUGUUGACAGACCGCUGUGCCACCAUGUGUCUGCUGGUGAACCUGUCCCUGCUCUACCCCUCCUACACCUUCCUGUUCCAGCUCAGCAUGUGUCUGGACAUUGCCAGCCACUGGCUGCACCUGCACAGCUCUACGAUAAAAGGAUCAGCCAGUCACAAGACCAUCGACCUCUCUGGCAACCCUGUCCUCAGAGUCUACUACACUUCCAAGCCGGUGCUGUUUGUGAUGUGCAUGGGGAACGAGCUCUUCUUCUGCUUGCUCUACGUUCUCUAUCACGUCCCGGAACCUGUCGCCUGGUUCUACUGGCUGCUGGGACUCUGCGGGACGAUCUGCCUGCUGAAGUCUGGCAUCAGCCUCUUGCACCUCAUCACCGCCUCCCAGAACAUGGCCGCCAUGGACGCUGCCGAGCGAGAGAAAACCGUGAAGAAGCAGUGAGAGGUCAGGAGGGGUGGGUGAGAACCAAGAGUUCAGCAGCAGUUUGACUGUGGUUUUAUUUAUUCGUACUUUCUAAAGGGGGCGGGAGACUUUGUGUUGACUUGAACUGAGGUGAUUUAAAUAUGACGUGAGUCACAGCAAGCAGUUUGACAGACGAUCGUUUUUCCAGUUUCGUGGACCAAAUGAUUCUGUGAUUGAGAAUAAACAAAACAUUCAUUGAUAAUGAAAAUAAUCAUCAUUUGCAAACCAUGUGUUUGCAGCCCAGAAUUUUAGCAAGUUAUUAAGAAACACUGGAUUUUGGUCCAGAUGCCUUGCAGCUUUUUUCCAGAAGGUCAGAGGUCAAAAGUUCCAUGAAAAGUUAAUGAGGAUUUUUCUUAAUAAACUGAAGAACAGAGAAGAACAAAGCUGUGAGAUGGAAUGAUAAAACAAAGAAUUAAAAUUCUCACUCACGAGUAAAAUACACCUUUAUUCCACCUUUAUUUGUUUUGCUUUCGUUGUUAAUUUGUGGAUUGCUGAAGAUGAAAUUGUCCCUGAAAUCAGCGCAGCACGGACCAAAAGCCUGAGGCUUCAUCCUGUUCCUGCUAAUGAAAAAAUGUCAGACUGGACUAAAAGUCUUCACAGAGAACGUUAAUGCUUAAUUAUUCCUUCCGUGACCUCGGAGUCUCAGUGUUUGCUGAUCUUUUUCUUCAUUUAUUGUGAUUUCUGUGAAUAUUUUGGUGUCGAUUAAACGGUGACCGUCACACUGGAGGGACGUUGUUCGGUUUAUGCUUUUUUGAAAUUUCUACUGUUCUUUAUUUGUGGUAGAGGCGGUGUUUUUAGUCGGCUUAGACACAUAUAGAAAGUUCAGGUCAUAAGUUAUACCUCACGUGAAGAGCACCAAGUAUUAUCGUUUGUGGUUUUGCGUUUUUUAAUUUGACGUCACUGUACAAACUUUGUGCUGCUGAUGGACUGUAAAGCCAUGUUUCAACACAGAAUGUGUGUUUAAAGUGUUGAAAUAUAUAUGAAAAUGUAUUAUUAUAAAAUGCAAAUGUACAUGAACUCCAAAGCCAAGGCAAAUGUUCUAUUUAAAAGAUAUUAAUUAUAGUAAUUAAAAAUUUGGUGGUUUGUUUGGACAUGGUGUAAAUUCACUGUAAAAGCAGCUGCAAAAUAAAGACCGAAAACAA